AUGGUGGGGGCACGGGAGGACGUCGCCGGCGAGCGGGUGGCGCUGCUGGGCGCGUACAAGCUGGGCCGGACGCUCGGGGAAGGCAGCUUCGGCAAGGUGAAGCACGCGCACCGCCGCGCCACCGGGGAGCACUUCGCCGUCAAGAUCAUGGAGCGAAGCAAGGUGCUGUCGCUCCGCGGUGCCGACGACCAGGUGCGGAGGGAGAUCGCCACGCUCACCAUGCUCAACCACCCCAACGUCGUCCGACUACACGAGGUCGCUGCUAGCAAAACAAAGAUCUACAUGGUGCUUGAGUUUGUCAACGGAGGUGAACUGUUUGACAGGAUUGCAAUGAAGAAAAAACUAUCAGAAAAAGAAGGAAGGAGGCUUUUUCAACAGCUAAUUGAUGGCGUGAGCUAUUGCCAACUAGAGACACGGAGUUUGUUUCUCCCUCCGUUUGGGACUUCGUUCUGA